UGACGGGGGAAUCUCAUCAUUGUGGCUGGGAUGUCAGUGGUGGUGUACUAAGGAGGUACUCGUUGGUGGUGUGUAGUAGUGGUGAGAUCGGCUGAUGAUUGGGUGCUGGUAGUGGUAUGUAGUAGUAGCAUUGGUCUCCUUGCAUCUUGUGGUAGGACUCUGAGAUACCAUCUCUAACCAUCUGUUUCUAUGGCAAGACUGGAUUUCAUAAAUCAUCUCAAGUGACUGGAAUUUCCGAUGUUCUGAAGGUUUUUUUUUUUUACUUGGUGAAAUCUGGAACUGCUGGAGCUUGUUUUUAUUUUGUGGGUCAAGAACUGAAAAGAGAAAAACUGCCCCAAUGCCUGCGUCAUCGAGAGAAAUGGAACUUGAUUUUAAUGAUAUGAAUCUUGAUGAUGGAACGAUGGCCCAUGUGGUGGCAGCGUUCGAGCAGAGCCUGUCCAAUAUGACCAAUCGCCUUCAGCAGCUGACUUGCGACGCUGAUCAGAAGGACAGUGAACUACAGGAUCUCCGCAACAAGAUUGAACUGUUGAAGUACACCCAGCAGGCCGCCGGAGAACGCAACGGACAGGCGCUGAGCGUAGACUCUGCUGCACUGCUCCGAAAACAGUCCUUUGGCAAGGACUCCAGUGCCUUUCCUGAGGUGAGAAUAAGUCGUCAGCUCUCUACCGAUAGCAUGUCCAGCCUCGCAUCCAUGACUAGCAUGUCCAGUUUCGGAUCAGCAGUCACCGACUCCGAAGUUACGGACGGCAAGAAGAACGGCAAGAAGAAGAAGCACUGGAUUUCAUCAAGCGAUAAGCUUCGUAGUUCCUUCCGAGCUGCCUUUAGUAGAAAGAAGCGAAGCGGCACGAUGACAGAUACUGAAGACUUAGAGAGUAACAGCUCCUUCCAGAGCGGUGGUUACCCUGCCAACCAGCAACUGAAGACCUCCGCAUCUACAUCUGCAAUCUACGAUGCCCAACAGAGUCAAGAGACAAUCAAUGACUUAAAGAGGAAACUAAGAGACAAGGAGACCAAGCUGACAGAUAUCAAGCUAGAAGCCCUUACAUCCCAACAUCAACUGGAUCAGAUGAAAGAAUCUAUGAAUAAAAUGAAGAGCGAGAUGAACACACUGAAGCAGGAGAACGAGCGUUUACAACGCCAGAUGGUCGCUCAGCGAACCCUGGAUGCAAGCUCAUCUCAGGCAUCUCUUAACUCACUAGGUUCAUCCAAGAGACUCAGCCGUGACUCACUUGAGAGACAUCGACUCAGCAUGAACUCCGACCACGGAAGUCUAGAUAUUCUUCUUGACGACAACUCUGGUAUGACCAACAAUAGCCAGAGGAUUAUAGUGACUGUCGCUGUUAACAGUUUACCAGAAGCCGUCAAACAGUCUGAGACAAUAAGUGGUAAACAACAGGAAGUGUUCAUUGGAACGAUAGGAAUCAGCAGCAAGACCAACUGGGAUACCCUAGAUAGCGUCGUCAAAAGAAUAUUCAAGGAAUAUGUGCUUAGAAUAGAUCCAGUCACUAACCUUGGUCUUAGUGCAGAGAGUGUACAUAGCUACGUCGUCGGUGAAAUCUGUAGAACUAAAGAUGCCGAUCCUCCAGAGCUCUUGCCUUGUGGAUACCUUGUUGGUGAUAAUACGUCCAUCCAAAUUCACGUUAAAGGUGUACAACAGAAUAGUUGUGACUGCCUCGUCUUUGAGUCUCUCAUCCCUAAACCCAUCCUCCAGAGAUAUAUCUCAUUGCUUCUUGAACAUCGUCGCAUCAUUCUCUGUGGACCUAGUGGUACAGGCAAGACCUUCUUGGCACAAAAACUGGCUGAUCAUAUAGUCCAGAGGAGUGGCAAGGAACCGUCCGAGUCUACAAUAGCCACCUUUAAUGUUGAUCAUAAAUCAAGUAAAGAGCUGAAACAGUAUCUCACCAAUGUAGCUGACCAGUGCGAGACAAAUCCAUUGGAUCUUCCCUCUGUCAUCAUCUUAGACAACCUCCAUCAUGUCGGUUCCCUCGGAGACAUCUUCAAUGGUUUCCUCAGCUAUAAAUAUCACAAGUGUCCCUUUAUUAUUGGUACAAUGAAUCAAGCUACGUGCUCCUCCACCAAUCUACAGCUCCAUCAUAACUUCAGAUGGGUACUCUGUGCCAACCACAUGGAGCCAGUCAAGGGUUUCCUCGGUCGCUUCUUACGUCGCAAGCUCGUCGAGACCGAAAUAAAAGAGAACACUCGCAACAACGACCUGAACAAGAUCAUCGAUUGGAUUCCCAAGGUCUGGCAGCAUCUCAAUAAGUUCUUGGAGUCCCACAGUUCUUCAGACGUCACCAUCGGACCACGUCUAUUCCUCUCCUGCCCCGUGGAUCUUGCUGGGUCGCAGGUCUGGUUCACCGAUCUCUGGAACUAUUCCAUCGUGCCGUAUCUCUUGGAGGCUGUAAGGGAAGGAUUACAGCUGUACGGAAGGAAAGCCGCUUGGGAGGAUCCAGCAGAGUGGGUGAUUGACAGUUACUCAUGGCAACCAACCAGCAGUCAGGAUUGGCCCUCAUUGCUACGGUUACGACCCGAGGAUGUCGGCUUUGAUGGGUACACCAUGCACACCGGGGUCAAAGGUCAACAAUCCGGCCAGAGUGAUGCUGAAGGCGAUCCACUGUUCAACAUGUUGAUGAGGUUACAAGAGGCGGCUAACUUGUCAGGAGCCCAGAGCUGCGAUAGCGACACGAACAGUAUGGACAGUGUCGGAAUGUCAUCUGAAGAUAUUCACAAAACAGUUGAGAUAUCAGUAUGAAUAUUCAAUGAGUUCAUAUGAAUAUUCAUUCCCAUAUGAAUAUUCAUUCCCAAUGGAAUGGAUGACGUCAGAGUAUAUCCUGCUGAAGAUAUCCACGAGACAGUCGAGAUAUCAGUAUGAAUAUUCAAUGAGUCGUUAUGAAUACUCAUUCCCAAUGGAAUGGAUGGCAUCGGAGUACAUUAUGAAGAUAUCCACAAGAUAGUCGGUACAAUCAACUUGGUGGCUGAGUUGUAUGAUAAGGUUUCAACAAGCGAUCUUCAAAGAUGAAUAUUCUGAACAAUGGUCGAGAUGUAAGCUUGCAUAUUCGAUAUGUCUACUGACUAUUCAAAUACAAUCAGCUUCUGGGAUUAUUUUCAAUAUUUGAAAAGCUGGAAAAGAAUGCAGACACAAAAAAUACAAAUAUUCAUUGCCAUAAUUCAUUGCCAUAAAUGAAUAUAUAAAUGAUGACCAAAGUUGUUCAAUUGUCUAUCAGAUUGAAAUAAUCAUCGGAUCUGAAAAAUCAUUUCUGAUAUUUCUCCAAAGUCGCUUUAAGAUGGAUAUUCCUGAAAUAAAAUUCCCGCCGAAAAUACCCAAAUGAGGUCAAAGAAGAGGGAUUUUAAGCCAGUACUGGUAUCCCUUUAUAUAAGAGGAAUGUCUUUUGGGAAUUAUGAAUGUUAUGCUUGCAUUAUUCAUGGCGUUUAAUUGCCUUGUCAAGACUUCCUACCAAUCAGGAGUUAGUUAUGAAGUAUGAAUAUUUAUGAGUCAUAUUACACAGUAACAAUUAACAAUGAAUAUUUAUGAGAUGCAAAUAUACCUUCUUGACAUAAGCCUUAUAACUCCCAUAAAGUUAAAUAUUCUUCUUAACCAUGGAAAUAUAUUGUUUCGAUUUGUUCCCUUAUUUUAUUUUAAUUCAUACGCUUUGGUGCCAAGUAAACAAUUUAAUGAGAAGGUUUUGUGCACUAACAUUCAUUAUCAAUGAAUCAUUUGAUUUGGUUCAAACCUUUACCAAGAAAUUUGUUUUUUCUUUUUCCAGUUUUUUCUUUCCUUUCCGCCUCCUUAUUCUGUAAUGAUUUCAUGAACCGCAUAUUUUGUGAAAUUGUUUGGAGGAUUUAUAAAGAACAAAAGAAAUGCUAACAAUCCAAAACUAUGAACUUUUUUUUCCAAUCAAUUUCUUCUAAGAUUCUAAAAGGUAUUCGCUUACCCUCUGAUUAAUGAUAAAGUGCAAAUAUGAAGAGAGAAAAAAAUCUGUGCUUUUAUUCGUUUGUAAAUGUGUACAUAAUUGUACAUUAUAUAAAUAGGGAUUGUAGAUAAAUUGUAGAUAAUUUCAAACUGACGAAAAAAGUCUUAGUUCUCUUGCCAGAUAGCAGAGCGGGAUUCCAAGUUUUGGAAAAAACACACAACUUUAAAAUCUCUUCUGAAGACGAGUGUUACACUUUUCUAAGAAAUUAAUUUUAGAGCUUCGGGGAGCAAUUUUUAUCUUAUGUGCUGCUGGCAUUGCUUUAUUAUUAUUAAUGGUUUAUUUUAUCCGUUUGUGGAAGAUUUGUCGUCGAACCAUAACUCCCUUACAACAAACUUUUCAAAUAUGUUGAAUCAAACUGCAAUUGGAGACCGGGUGGUUUUCAGUGACACUACUUGGUUUUGUAAUGGGUUAUCACCGAAGUUUCCUUCUUUAAAAACAUUUGAGUGUCUUUAGAUUUUUAUGUGUGAGGCAAACCUUAAUUUACUUCUUUCUUUAGACGUGCAUUAGAUCACUCCUUAUAUAUUUCAUAUCUAAAAAUGUCCUUUUUUUGUGGUAAUGCUUCACAAAUUUGCAAAAGCAAACUUUCUGAACUUUUCUUUGAGUCAUAUUGUUGUGUAGUGCCUGUAAACACUUAACUCUUUUGUACAUUGAGUUGUUCGGUAGAAGUGA